AUGACAGUGACAUUGACUACCUAACCUAGAGUAUAGAUAGUGUCAUCUCUGCUACGUUCGAAGGGCAAACGGACUCCGGAAAAUACAGUUAUUUUUAAUAUUAAUCUAGUUUUAAAUCAGUCACAAUGGCAAAGCUACUCGCGUCACUAAAAAGCAAAGAAUUCAGGGAUUACCUGAUGAGCACACAUUUCUGGGGUCCGGUAGCAAACUGGGGCAUUCCUUUAGCGGCCAUUGCAGACACUCAGAAAGAUCCCAGUUUUAUAAGUGGGAAAAUGACAUUCGCGCUGUCGCUGUACUCGCUGAUGUUCAUGAGGUUCGCCUGGCGCGUGCAGCCGCGCAACAUGCUUCUCUUCGCCUGCCACUUCACCAACGAGUGCGCGCAGCUCACGCAGGGCGCGCGCUUCAUCAACUACCAAUACCUAGGCGGCAAGCCCGCUAGCGAGAAUAAGGCGGCCAGCGAGACUACUAGCGAUAAAACUAGCGAGACUAGCCAAAAAUAAGUUUAACGAGACGUUGUCGCGACCAACGUAGCCUUGCCAGCCAUC